AUGGGCUCGUGGCGCCGCGGCGCCGAGUCCUCGGGCGACAUCGACCUGCUCGUCACGCGCGACCCGAGCAGGGACGGCAAGACGCACGAGGGCCUCGUCAAGAAGCUCUGGAAGAAGAUGAAGGAGGCCGGCAUCGCCCAGUACGAGCUGUCGCUGCCCAAGGACGACACGUCGCUCGACGCCAAGAUCAACGGGCUCUGCAAGCUGCCGGGCAAGAACGACGCCAAGAUGCGGCGCAUCGACGUUCUCGGCGUACCGUGGGAGGAGAUGCCGGCAGCCCUCAUCUACUUCUCGUCGGGCUCCAUCUUCAAUCGCUCUCUGCGCCUCAAGGCCCGCCGCAUGGGCUACCGCCUCAAUCAGCGCGGCCUGUACAAGGACGUCAUGCGCGACCGCCAGGGCGUCAAGCUCACCGAGGGCGUUCUCGUCAAGGGCGUCAAGAGCGAGCGGGACAUCUUCCGCAUCCUGCAGGUGCGCUACCGCCCGCCAGAGGAGCGCAGCGUCUGA